ACCGCCGCAGCAUCACGGCGCGGCGCUACUUGCGGGCGUCGGCAAUGGCGCGGUGCCCUCCUACGCACCGCCAGGUCGUGCCUUCUUCACUCCUCCGUUGCCGCCCGAGUAUAGGAAUCCAUUCGCCGAUAAGCCGACACUACGAGGCACAAACACAGACGGAAAUAACUAUCUCAACCGGCGGCCUAUCCCUCCCCCUUCACUCGGCCCUGGCCACGAGAGGAUCCCCAUCAGACCACCUGGACAGGAAACAUCGUCUCCGCAAGUGCCAGCGCCUCCACCCGCGCCCCCGUCCCCUCCGAGUGGUCUCGAGCCGCAGAAGAAAAAACCACUCAAUACACCUAGCCAUAAGCCUGACGAUUUAGACAGCGACGUCAAACAUGGAACGGACCAGGCGAAUUUCACAGACUUUGUCCCAAAUUCGCUCAACAUCCCGACCAUAUCGAGAAUACUGUCGGGCUCUAAUGGCAGAAAGGAAGACAUCCCCGACGUUCUCCUUCGAACCGUCACCGCGAAACCCCAGCACACGCCAGAGAAAACGUCGAAAAGUGAAGUUUUCGUAACUAAAGACACUAGUGUGACUUUAAGUGAUUCCACGAGAGAUUCGUCUACAGAAGGAUCGGUGUUGGCUGUCCUAGAUCCAGAAAUGAAUAUAGACAGGCCACUUAUAAUAGAUCAGGAUGGUGAAACAAACACAAGAAGAAACCUGCAAUACUCGACAAACAAGUCGGACCGGAACGACAGUAGCAGAAACAAUGAAAACUAUAUGCCAGCCACAACUAUAGGUUUCGAGUUGAAAGAUCCAGAAAUGUCCACGGAGAGGUAUCACAAUCUAGCGAACGUGAACUCGGAUAAGAAGAUCUUAAAACAGGACCCUAAGAACAAUAGUCCAGUACAAAGGCCAGGGGCAACUUGGCCGUUUGCCUGGAACGUGCAUAUUUAUCUAGCUACAGUGAUGUUCACUAUACUAGCCGUUUACUCGAUCUUCAAGAUCAUUUGCUACAACAAAUUCACACAUCUAUUCACGCAGUACUACUUCAUAAUAUUGCAUUUAAUUCUCGUGUUCGUUUGUCUGAUGAGGAUAUUCUAUCUCUGCUACGAUCCGUACAACAUUAACAGUUCCUUGCCGAUUUUCAUCAGCGAGAUCCUGCUUCAUGUCCCCGAAAUAUUUCUAGCUAUAGCGUUCGCUAGCACCAUCCUGUUCCUACUCACGAAUAGCGCAAACUAUAGGAACAAAUGCUGCACCUUCUUAUUUAGAUCCAGGACGGUCGUUGUCGGCGGUGGUGUACUCCUAUUGACAUGUGUAACGUUGCAUAUCUUUGAAAAUAGUAAUACAAUAUAUAGGACCCCGCAUGGAGUCGAAAAAAGGGUGCUAGGGCUAACUUGUCAAAUAAUAUUUAUCAUAGUGUGUCUCGUAUUGGGGCUGUGCUAUCUAUACGUAUAUAAAAUGCUGAAAGCUGUGCUUCAGAAGAAGAGCCACAAUUACAUUCACGGAUUCCAAAAUCUGUAUCAGGCGAUACAUAUUAAUCUGGCGACGGCGUUGCUUUUCGUGCUAAUGGCGACUCUACAGAUUUACGGCAUAAUUGGAAUCCAUCAAGUCAGUAUGACUAAGUUCGACUGGCUCCAAUGGGGUUAUCAGUUCUCGCUGCGGUUGAUAGAAAUCAGUGUGGUGGCCCUUAUUUCUUGGGUGAUAAGUCUCAAAAUCGGGAUCGUAGCGUCCCUGCAGCACGAGAAAGCAGACGGACAAAAGAUAUCGGGAUUUUUUCCUUGCACUGCCGGGUCUAGUAACGAGCAAUUCGAGUCUGACUAUCCGACAAUAUGCAACACUAAUACAAAUCUCAAAACGUAUACAUUAAGAACUGGGAAACCUGUCUACGAAACCGCUGGCCAUCAUCCAGUGAUACCGGAGCAAUGUUUCGUCGGGAAUGUGAUAGAGCACCAACGGUUCCCACUGAACACCUUAGCCGUUAACUGUGACAAUAACUCUGGGACCGAGAAUUAUUCCGGCCACAGUUCUAUAGCCAACGCUGGCCAUAGCAGUUCUACGGAAUCUAGCAAUGCUGCAUCUGCCCAGGGUGUGACUAAUCAUUUGAUCAAGCAUCAUCCAAAUAUGGCCGGCUACAAUGGUAUAGAAUCCGUUUCGGACGAUCAUUACUCGAAUUGUGAUCCUGCGAUACAGUCCUUGCAAGGCGACGAUCCACUGGACCAUGAAUACAACGUCAUUCAAUACGGUAGCAACAGCGACUUCAUUCGAGAUAUCAAGAAUCAGAACUACAAUGGAGGCUCGAAUAGGAGCUCACAUAAUUUCAAACAUAUGUCUUAUGACAGAGUUUCAUCUAGAACAAACAGCAACCCACGUAAGAAGCAUCGAGUCAAGAAUAAGAAUGUUCAAAACUGCAUGACGAUGGGCUAUGAUCCCUCGAUGAAUCAUCAUUACCACCAGCCUCAUGUGCUAGACGAAUACAGCAAUUAUAAUGCUGAGAAUGCUUCAUACCAUUCCUCUGGUAUACAAACUCUCAACCCUAACAGAAGUUACGAAGGCCCUUGCCAACAAAUCAGAAGUUCACAGCGCCGUAAUUCGCCUUCAACGGCCAUGAUUAACUCCAGUGGUAGUCAGAAGCGUGGGAAGGGCAACGGGUUCCCCGAUAGACCCAAAUCGACGGACCUCUACGGAUUCUCCGAGGAUCCUAACGACAGGGAGUACCCGUGUGCUUUAGGAACGCCCCAACCGGCUCCAAGAAAUUGUGGCUACGAGGCUUCGUACUCCCAGCCACAGGACGAAAUUAACCCAAACGAGGGUGGCAAUAGUAUGCUGGUUGCACAGGAUGGUUUCGUUAGAUUUCGACCAUUAGAAGAUGGUCCUUCACAAACCUGA